AGACCCUGAAACUCAUAACAACCAAGUCUCAAUCUCUCUGUUUUAAACAGUAAAAAUCAAAAUAUAAUCAUGGAACAGAAUUCAACACCCACUGGAACGAAGAAGGCUUGUGUUAUUGGUGGCACAGGAAACUUGGCUUCAAUUCUCAUCAAGCAUUUGCUUCAAAGUGGCUACAAAGUUAACACCACAGUUAGAGAUCCAGAAAAUGAGAAGAAAAUGGCUCCCCUUAGGCUACUUCAAGAACUUGGCGACCUCAAGAUCUUCAAGGCGGAUUUGACCGAUGAAGGGAGUUUCGAUUCCGCAUUCUCGGGCUGUGAAUACAUCUUCCAUGUCGCAACGCCGAUCAACUUUAAAUCUGAAGAUCCUGAGAAAGACAUGAUCAAGCCGGCGAUAGAAGGAGUGAUCAAUGUGUUGAAAUCUUGCGUUAAAUCGAAAUCCGUCAAACGUGUGAUCUACACUUCUUCAGCUGCUGCGGUUUCCAUCAACAAUCUUUCUGGAUCUGGACUUGUGAUGAACGAGAAAAACUGGACUGACAUUGAUUUCCUCAGAAAGGAAAAACCGUUUAACUGGGGUUACCCGGUCUCUAAGAUGUUAGCAGAGAAGACAGCUUGGGAAUUUGCGAAAGAGAAUAACAUCGAUCUCGUUACUGUGAUUCCAGCACUGAUAGCCGGAAACUCUCUACUCUCCGAUCCUCCGAGCAGUUUAUCUCUCUCCAUGUCUUUAAUCACCGGGAAAGAAAUGCAUCUGACCGCUCUCAAGGAGAUGCAAAAGCUAUCAGGCUCGAUCUCGUUUAUUCACGUAGACGACUUAGCUCGUGCCCAUUUGUUUCUUGCGGAGAAAGAAACUGCUUCUGGUCGCUACAUUUGCUGUGGUUACAACACAAGUGUUCCAGCGACUGCGGGUUUUCUCAGACAGAGAUACCCUAAGUACAAGGUGGUUUCAGAAUUUGAAGAGUGCUUGUCGAUUCCAAAAGUGAUGCUUUCUUCGGUAAAACUCAUCAUGAAGGAAGGCUUUCAGUUCGAGUAUGGGAUCAAGGAUAUGUAUGAUCAGAUGAUAGAAUACUUCGAGUCAAAAGGAUUGAUCAAAGCUGAAGACUCUUGAAUUUUAUAAUGUAACAAUGGAAUUGAUGAGGAUAUGAGAUCUGUGAUCUCAUUCUCAUUCUAUAAUAAUGGCUUUUAAAUAAUUAUGUUGGUUGACUUUAUAUAUCUUUUGAUACAUAAAAAACUACAUACCUUUUAAAA